AUGGCUUGGGUGGCUGCAGUGGCCAUGGCCUGUUGCUCUCGGGCGGCCCGCCUUUGCCUGUCCAUAUGCAUCUCUAGUAUCAGGCACACGCCUUGCAGUGGGCUCACCCCAUCAGCCAAGCCUCGCAUGACUGCACUGCCCAUGCUGCUGCCAGGGCUGCUGGUGGCCCUCGUUCUUGGCGGCGCUGCCAUUGCACUCAUCCCUAUCAUCAGCAAGACGCCACUUGGGAUGGAUGCCUGGCGUGCCACCACCACCGCAGCCGAUACUCCUAUCUUCGUGCUUGUCUCUGGCAUCGCCACUCCCAUGGUACUCCUGUGGUGGAUGGGCAUGACCCUCACGCAAGGCAGAGCAUGGGCGCAUCAGCAGGGCUUGGCUCUGAUGGCUGGGCUGACGGUUGGGCUGUUGAAACUGAUGAAGCUGAAGAGUGCAAACAAGUGGCCUGUGCCACGAGGAAUCUUCCCUCUACUGCGCAGCACCGUUGCCUGGAUCCAGAGAGCGGGUGAGGUUAUUGGGACGGUCACUGUGGGUAUGGCUGGGAGACACAAGAUGAGUGAGGCGAAGGAGUUGAGCAUGAGGGCGAUUGGCGUGCAGCUAGAAGAGAAAAGGAGGGAGCUGGCUGUCGCUAGGGAGGAAUUGGAGGAGGCUGAGAGUCGGACAGAAGAGGGGUUGAGAGAGUUGCGUGAGUUCAGGGAGGAGCUGGCAGAACUGAAGAGGGCGCUCAGGGAGCAGGAGCUGGUGGUAACUCAGUUGGAGGAGGCUGAAGAAAGAAAGGCAGCGGAAUUGAGAGAGCUGAGAGAACAGGUGGAGGAGAGGAAGAGGGGUUUGGAAGAGGCUGAGAGGAGACGAAUGGCGGAGAUGAGUGAGAUGAGAGGGCAGGUGGAAGGGAGGGAGAGGGAGCUGGCUGCAGUGAAAGGGGAGAUGAGUGAACACAAGGAUGCUGUGAGAGACCUACUAGACAUGGCUGAGAGAAGAAGGGAAUCGGAUUUGAGAGAUCUGAGAGAGGAAGCAAGGAAGGGCAAGGAUGAAAUGAGAGCGGAGUUGGCAAGGGAGAGGGAGGAGAGGAGGAGGGAGGUGCAGGAGCUGAAUUGGCCGCGAGCCAUGGAGGAGUUGGCAGCGUGCAGGAGCUGGCAGAUUGUUGAGCUGGAGAUCAGCCAGAGUGAAGGCCAUCGGAAGAUUGCUUGGGAGGUGCGUGUGGAGCGAUUGGUUGACAGGAUGCGCACUCUUUUGAUGUCGACACUUGAUCAUUCCCUCUCUUUUGAUGUCGACACUUGA